AAUUUUUGAAGGCCAAGUGUUUAAUGAACUGUGAAGUGGCACUUAUCCUUGAUCGGAAAUAUGAGCAGCUCCAGCAGAUGUCUGAUGAUCCUAUGAAUCAAAUUUCUCAAGUAUUUGAGAAGUCAUUGCAGUAUGUGAAGCGCUUUAGCCGCUACAAAAAUCCUGAUGCUGUUAGGCAGGUUCGAGAAAUCCUUAGCAGAUACCAGUUGGCUGAGUUUGAGCUUUGUGUACUUGGAAACCUUUGCCCUGAAACUGUGGAGGAAGCUAUAGCCAUGGUGCCAUCUAUUAAGACCAGAGGACGGGGGCUCGAUGACGAGGCAAUUGAAAAAAUGUUAAAUGACCUCUCUUUGAUAAAGAAAUUUGAGUAGUAGCUUUCCCAUAUUUCUUCUAUUAGUUAAUCUAAUCUUAUUAUAAACAAUGGUUCAUCUUAUACACCAGUUUUCAGAGGAAUCAGUAUAAUGCGUGAGAACACACUAGAACCAGUGUAAAUGGGUAUUGCAGAUCUUAAUGUUAUUUGAAAGCAUGAUUUUGAUCA